CUGCCACCAUUGAGCUGCCUGGCGCCGGCCCGAAAGAAUGCCUUCACUGUAAAAAAAAAAAAAAGGAAAAAAAAAGGAAAAGGGAGAGACAGAGAAAAGAGGGGAGGGCUAGAGUGAGAGAGGUAGAGCAAGGUUGAGUGAGCAAGGGAGACAUAUACUGGGAGCGAGAGAGUGAGAGAGAGAGAGAGAGAGAGAGAGAGAGGAGAGAGAGAGAGAGAGAGAGAGGAGAGAGAGAGAGAGAGAGAGAGAGAGAGAGAGAGAGAGAGAGAGAGAGAGAGAGAGAUAGGGAUAGAGAAGGGGAGUUAAUGGAGAGAGGGCUGAAACUAGGCACAGAGAUUUGAUCAGUGAGUUUAACUUCGCUGCGAGUCAGUGUGCAGUAUGCAACCCUGCUGCAAACAAGCCUGAGAACACCACCGUUUCUCUCGGCCCCCUCACUUGUUGAAUUGACUUCAUGUUGAUAUUUUAGGAGAAAAAAAAGCUCGGGAAAUCGACUUGAUUCUGGAUACGAUUUUUGGACUUAUUAGUUGCUUAUCGGUGUCGUUUGUAAUGUAGGGUACGUGUCGUGUUUUAAACACUUUACUGUGUUGUUUUGGGUUAAAACCCCACGUGAAUGUUCAUGGUUACCAUUGAAAGAUCGUUCUCUUGAAAACAGUUUGAAACUUUCUAUCUGUUCCAACCCUAUAGACACUAUAUCGUUUCUCGUUCUCCAGGUGCUUGCAGCCAAAUCGGCGCGGAGUCUGUGUGGAUUUUAAAACGAGCGACGGGGGAUUUUUUUUGGACAGAAUCUUCUUCUUCUUCUUAUCUAUUCUUGACUUGUUACCGUUUUUUAUCCGGCCCUGCAUGAACAUUUUUUAGAAAAACAAAAAAAGAGACAUGGAAGUAAGUUCGGAUCAACCACGAUGGAUGAGCCAUCAUCCGUCGGUCCUGAACGAGCAGCAUCCCGGCUCUCACCACCCGGGGCUCGGCCACUCGUACAUGGAUCCCUCGCAGUAUCCCCUCGCCGAAGAUGUGGAUGUACUGUUUAAUAUCGAUGGACAGGGGAACCACGUCUCGCCGUACUAUGGAAACUCAGUUCGGGCCGUCCAGAGGUACCCUCCUCCACCCCACAGUAGCCAGGUGUGUCGUCCCUCGCUACUGCACGGUUCUCUGCCGUGGCUCGAGGGGAGCAAGGGCAUCAGCUCGCACCACAGCACCUCGCCCUGGAACCUCAGCCCGUUCCAAAAGAACCCUCUGCACCACGGCUCCCCGGCCAGCCUGUCCGUGUACCCGUCGGCCUCCUCCUCCUCUCUGUCCGGAGGCCACUCCAGUCCGCACCUCUUCACGUUUCCCCCGACCCCUCCCAAGGACGUAUCCCCGGACCCGGGCUUGUCCAGCCCGGGCUCUGGCGGCUCUGGACGCCUGCAAGAGGACAAAGAGUGCAUAAAGUACCAGGUGUCCCUGGCCGAGAGUAUGAAACUGGAGUCGGCUCACAGCCGAAGCAUGGCAUCUAUCGGAGCCGGGGCGUCUUCUGCCCACCACCCCAUCGCCACAUACCCACAAUAUGUCCCCGAAUACGGCCCAGGCCUCUUUCCUCCAAGUAGCCUGAUAGGUGGGUCAUCUUCUAGUUAUGGUUCCAAAACAAGACCAAAAACAAGGUCCUGUUCAGGAAGAAGUAUUAGCUGCAGGAAAUUGACUCGACAAGUGCAGUCGGCAGCGAGGCGGGCGGGCACGUCGUGCGCCAACUGUCAAACGACCACGACGACACUGUGGCGGAGAAACGCCAACGGGGACCCGGUGUGUAACGCUUGCGGCCUGUACUUCAAACUGCAUAAUAUCAACCGACCCCUGACCAUGAAGAAGGAGGGCAUCCAGACGCGGAACCGCAAGAUGUCCAGCAAGUCCAAGAAGAGCAAAAAGUCCCACGACGGGAUGGACGACUUCUCCAAGAGCCUGAUGGACAAGAGCAGCUCGUUCAGCCCCGCCGCACUCUCCCGCCACAUGUCCUCUUUCCCGCCCUUCUCGCACUCGGGCCACAUGCUGUCCAGCCCCACACCCAUGCACCCCUCCUUCGCCCCCCACCACCCCUCCAGUAUGGUCUCCGCCAUGGGAUAGAGGACCAUCAUUCCACCCCCCCCCCCAGGCGCCCCGCCCGGUGACGCCGUUGCCCCUAGCAACGCUCCCCCCAACCUACUCACCUCACACUCCCUGCCUACUUCCGCUUUCCGAGACCACACCCACCUCCACCCCGCUGCUGUUUGACCUCGCGACCUCCGACGGCCCCCCCCCAUCCUCCCCCCCCCCCCCCUCACAUACACACACACACACACACACACACACACACACCCCGAACUACCCCCCUCCCCCCCUCCCUGACCCUUGACCUCUUUGGUACCGACCUCCAGGUACCUCAGUGUCCGAACUAUCCCGGCGAAAAGGACAAAAAGACAAUUGAGACUGUCCCCCCACGCCGCGUGUGUGUGUGUCGGCGUGCUGCCGCGUGUGCGUCUGCGUGUGUCCGCGG